UGAGAGAGUGGAGAAACUUGGAUAGAGGGUUGCCAUAUCCCUGCUGCCCGAGCUGACCGCUUGCCUGCCACUGCGCAGGUUGACGUGAAGGCUGCAUCCGGCUACCCAAACAUCGGGUGUAGCAUCGUUUUCGACAUGUAGACGAUAUAUAAAUCUGCCGUUAGGAAGGAAUGUGUGUGCCAUCCACCCCCAAGCCCGUCAUGCCUGGAACACUACUUCCCAGCCACUUUUCGCUAGAAUUCAGUAUCAGGCCGAAUGUUCUCGCCUUCCCGAAAUACCAGACAACCACAUCCGACCACGAGAAAGCACGUGCAGCUGUGUGUCUCGAUGCCAACGAGAAUUCCGCGGGUUCCUGUCUGGCGGUUGCACCAAAGGAUGAGCCCCGCAUUUUCGACGCGCCCAUGCGCUGGUGGCGCAAUAUGCUGCAGGGCUCAAUCAAUAUCGACAACCUGCAUCGAUAUCCCUCAGCGUCUCAGGUGUCUCUACGUCGGCGGGUGGCGCAGUGGCGAGGUCUUGACUCCAUCAACCAGGUCGGCCUAGGGUCGGGCGCGUCGGAUGUUGUCGAUAUCAUCACACGAAUGAUCUGUACACCUGGUCAAGACAAGAUCCUCAUCUCGCCUCCCACGUUCGACUUGUACAAAGUUUGUGCAACGCUCCAAGGCGUCGGCGUGGAGGAGUGCGUGCAGAGCCUGGCAGACGAUGGGACCUUCCACGUUCCAGUAGAGCAGAUCUGCGCGACACUCUCGGAAGAUCCCCACAUCAAGCUGCUCAUCCUAGCGUCGCCGGGCAACCCCACGGGCUCGCUGAUUCCCAUCAAUCAGAUACAACGCAUUCUCGAUCUCAACGCUUUCAAGGGCAUUGUCGUUGUUGAUGAAGCCUACAUAGAUUUCACGCCAACGGCGACGCAGGCCUCAGCCCUGCAGCUCUUGCCAAGAUACAAUAAUUUGAUCGUCGUACAAUCUCUGAGUAAAUCUCAUGGACUUGCCGGAAUCAGGGUCGGCAUGGCCAUUGCACAUCCUGCCAUUAUAGACAUCUUCUCCAAGGUGCAAAUGCCAUACAAGUUGUCAAGCGUGGUAUUGGAUAUUGCCGAACGAGCGCUUUCCGAAAGCGGCCAAACAUCUGCACUUGCACUGCAGCGCCAGAUCAUGGCUGACAGGGACUCUUUGGUUAAGAUGCUUGCAGACCCCUUGCUUACACGCAAUCGCAUUGGUACUGCCAUCGGUGGCCAGUCUGCAAACUUCGUACUCGUCCCCAUUGUCACGCAGGGCGAACGAGACGACGUACUAGCUAGGCGCCUAACCGAGCAGCUACGAGAGCAGCACGCCAUUUCCAUUCGAUAUGUGGGUGGACAACCCGGAUGUAAAGGCUGCGUAAGGAUUACAGUGGGGACGGCACGGGAACUGAACACACUCCGCGAGGCUCUUCGCACGGUGCUUUUGGAGCUAGAUUAGCCGUGGGUCCGAAAGCCGAACCAAUACAUACCUCUACAUACACGGUGUGUGUGGGCUUCUUCAGACAACCACAAAUUUAGCACCUAGCGCUUCAUGUUCUUUGGGAAAUUGGGUUCGGUGGGUCACGGGAGCAUCCUAGCGCGAUGACGGGCAGCCCCGGUGCCCAUUUCCCCAGACUGGCUAGCUUCAUGCGAACUGCAGAAGCGGUGAUCCACACGCCGCAUACUAACCACUAUCGGUCUGCGUCAGACAUUGUUCGCGACAUCUGUCAUUGAACUGACACCGCAUCCUUAGCAUUAGCCUCGAAUUUUAUCAAGGCCAGCGAAACGUCCCAACACCGACUGUGCAUUGACCCAGUGUCGAUGAAUGUA